GUUCAAAAGUGACGAGGCCGCCUCUAUGGGUCUGGGAAGAUGACGUGGCAUAAUACUUUUGUACGACACACAACCUUCACCCGCCAGAAUCCUCGAGCCAUUGCAGUCUCCUUCUAGCUUCCAAGGCACGGAGGCCGCCGGCGAUCUUCAACCAACGCGAACCGAAAGAGCAUUGUUGAACGGUGAAGUAGACAGUGGAGUGGCGUUUCUUGCCUUUCGCUCUCCCCUUUGUAUUUUACAAUGGGGGAUAUUAGAAAAUGGUUCAUGAAAGCACACGACAAAGACAACGGCAGUGGGUCAAAGAAAGCAAAACCUGCUCCAAGCAGCUUAGAGAAAUCCAUUUCAGCUGAACUACAGUCCGGAAAAACAGGGCCAAGUGGUGGAGAAAGUACUGGCAGACGGAUAACUAGCAAGUAUUUUGCAUCAGAGAAGCAGAAGGCCAAGGAUACAGAAGAAACAGAGGUACCCCCGAUCAUAGGAAAGUCCCCACAGGAUACUAAGGAAUCACCAGCCAAAAGAAAGUUUCAAAAGUAUAAUGGGGAAUCACCGAAAGCUUCACCUCUAAAAAAAUCAAACAAAAUUGAUGACAACGAUGAUGAUGCUGUUCUUUGUAGUUCUAAAAAGAACAUGUCUGAAGUCACUCCCAACAAAAAGUUGAAGAGUGGUUCUGGAAAGGGAAUUACACAGAAACCUGUUGAAAUGGAAGCGAGUGAUGAUGAGGAAACCAAGGGCACCGAUUCUUCUCUAAAGCCAAGUGGAAGGGGUAGGGGUGGAAGAGGUUCGUCUGCUGCAACCAUUGGUGGUAGAGGCAGAGGUGGUGGUGGGCGGGGUGGAUUUAUGAAUUUUGGGGAAAGGAAAGAUCCUCCACACAAAGGGGAAAAGGAAGUCCCUGAAGGUGCUCCGGACUGUUUAGCCGGUUUAACUUUUGUAAUUAGUGGAACCCUUGACAGUCUGGAACGAGAAGAAGCAGAAGAUUUGAUUAAACGCCAUGGUGGCCGAGUAACUGGAUCUGUCAGCAAAAAAACAAAUUAUCUACUAUGUGAUGAAGAUAUUGGUGGCCGAAAAUCGUCAAAAGCAAAAGAGCUGGGAACUGGUUUUCUCACUGAGGAUGGCUUGUUUGACAUGAUCCGUGCAUCUGGCAAAAAAGCUCCUCCUAGGCAAGAUCCUAAAAAAUCUAUGGUUAAAUCUGAGGAAUCUCCGACGGAGAAAAAAUUCCAGAAAGUACAAGCAAAAUCCCACAAAGAUUUGACUGCUGGUGCUUCACCUGCUAAGCAAAAAAGCCGAACAGCUGAGUUCUCUAACCUAACAUGGACAGAAAAAUAUAGGCCCAAGGUUCCAAAUGACAUUAUAGGGAAUCAGUCACUGGUCAAACAACUUCAUGAUUGGUUGGCACAUUGGAACGAAAACUUCCUAGAUGUUGGAAGCAAAAAGAAGGUUAAAAAGGCCAGUGAUUCUGGUGCGAAAAAAGCUGUCUUGUUAUGUGGAGGUCCUGGCAUAGGUAAAACUACAUCGGCUAAGUUGGUUAGCCAGAUGCUUGGUUUUGAGGCUAUAGAGGUAAAUGCCAGCGACAAUAGGGGUAAAUCAGAUGCCAAAAUUCAAAAGGGAAUUGGUGGAAGCAAUGCAAAUUCUAUAAAGGAGCUUAUCAGCAAUGAAUCACUUCAUUUCAAAAUGGAUCAGCCAAAACAUCACAAAACUGUGUUGAUCAUGGAUGAGGUAGAUGGAAUGUCUGCUGGAGAUAGGGGUGGAGUUGCUGAUCUGAUUGCGAGCAUUAAGAUGUCCAAAAUUCCAAUUAUCUGCAUCUGUAAUGACCGUUACAGCCAGAAACUGAAAAGCCUUGUGAACUAUUGUCUUAUUCUCAGCUUUAGGAAACCUACAAAACAACAGAUGGCAAAAAGAUUGAUUCAAGUUGCAAAUGCAGAAGGCCUUCAAGUUAAUGAGAUUGCUCUUGAGGAACUUGCAGAAAGAGUAAAUGGGGAUAUGCGUAUGGCACUAAAUCAGUUGCAGUACCUGAGUCUGUCUAUGUCAGUUAUUAAAUAUGAUGAUAUUCGGCAACGGCUUCUGAGCAGUAGGAAAGAUGAAGACAUCUCACCCUUCACUGCUGUUGAUAAGCUGUUUGGUUUUAAUUCUGGGAAGUUAAGGAUGGAUGAACGGAUUGAUCUCAGCAUGAGUGAUCUUGAUCUAGUCCCUCUUCUUAUUCAGGAAAAUUAUAUUAAUUAUAGGCCAAGUGGUGUUAGCAAGGAUGACAAUGGGAUCAAACGGAUGGAUUUGAUUGCCCGUGCAGCUGAAUCAAUUGCAGAUGGGGAUAUAAUCAAUGUACAGAUUCGAAGGCAUCGACAGUGGCAACUUUCUCAAAGUAGUUGUAUUGCUUCUUGUAUAAUCCCAGCUUCGUUAUUGCAUGGGCAAAGAGAAACGCUUGAGCAGUUUGAGCGUAAUUUUAAUAGAUUUGGUGCAUGGCUGGGAAAGAAUUCCACAUUUGGAAAAAAUAUGAGACUUUUGGAGGAUUUGCAUGUUCACAUUCUUGCUUCUCGCGAAUCCUGUUCAGGGAGGGAACACCUACGAGUUGAGAACCUUACUCUGUUUCUAAAGAGGUUGACUGAACCACUGCACACGCUGCCUAAGGAUGAGGCUGUUAAAACAGUGGUUGAAUUUAUGAGCCUAUACUCAAUCAGUCAGGAGGAUUUUGAUACUGUUCUUGAGUUGUCAAAAUUUCAGGGUCGUAAGAAUCCACUAGAUGGAGUUGCCCCCGCAGUCAAAGCUGCUCUAACCAAGGCAUACAAAGAAGCAAGCAAGACACACAUGGUGCGGGCUGCAGAUCUUAUUACACUUCCUGGAAUGAAAAAAGCCCCCAAGAAGCGAAUUGCAGCAAUUCUAGAACCUACUGAGGAUACUGUUGAAGGUGCUGGGGGAGAGACAUUGGUGGAAAGUGAUGAUGAAAACUCUGUGGACAAUGAGGGCGAAGAAAACUCCACAAAUGGUGAGAAGCUGCAAUUAGAACUUCAAAGCUUGAACAAGAAAGGAAUGCAAGUGCAAUUGGAUUUGAAGGGUGUGGAAGAUUCAAGCGCCAAGAAAUCCGGUGGCAGAGGAAGAGGAGGUAGAACUUCCCAGGCUUCAGAGAAGAAAAGUGGUCGAGGUUCAGGAUCUGCCACAAAGAGGAAAAGAUGAAAUAACACGCUUCAAGACUUCGGGUAAUGUUAUGUUUACCUUCGUCCUAUGCAUGCAUCAGUUUGCUGGUUAAUGUGUUUUGAACUGCUAGAAGAAUACAUAACCUUGUAUAUGCCACAUGCUACAUGGGCCUUUUUGACGUAUAACAGAAACAUGCUUUUUGUAUCAACCAUUUUGACUUGGAAUAGAAAUGAGACCGUGUUUUCGCCA